AUGUGGCGUCGGUACGUCUGCGCCAAAUUCAACCUAGAGUCUGAUCAGAGAUUCGUUGUUUAUCCCAACGCCCAAAAAAAAUUGACGGGAACCCCUUCAAAAUAUCCCCAAGGUGUUAUGAAAAUGAUCACGGAUCUUGUGAAGACGGAAUCGGAAAUCCGGGUCAAGGAUAUCAGCUUGUCAGACAAACAGAGAGUUAUCGAUCAGCAAAGCACGGAGAUGGAGCACCUACGAGCCUCGCAAGGUAGUGCUCAGCACUCCACACAGUUGCAACGAGCGACGAUUGAGCAACUCACGACGGAAGUGCGAGAGAAGGACCUGCUUGAGAGAGAGAGGGACCAGGCUCUUCGCGAACGCGACUUCGAGAUCCGUUCCACCAAAAGCCAACUCGCUUAA